AUCAAAAUCAAUAGAAAAUUGGCUUUAUUUGCGUGAUUAAAAAAAGUUAAAUGCAUAAGCAUUAAUAACAGUACGUGCACAUUUACACACAUACACAAUUGAAAAUGAUAAAAACCAAUAAUAAUACGAUGUCACAUCAAAUAAUAAAGUGAGCGAAAGCUUUACGAAAUGUCAAUAUUAUAAACAGUUUAUGGUGGAUAGUUUCUCUAUGGAAGCUCCUUUCCGCCACUGAAUAAAAACAAGAAAGAAAAAAGGCUUAUUGCGAGUGUUAGCUCACAAUUCUGACUCUUUUCCUCAAAACUGCCACUUAUAAAAUCAGAAUUCCGAGAUAUAAACUCGCAAUUCUGUGAACAUCCGCAGAACUGAACGUUGUAACUCGCAAUUGUGACAAAAAAAAAAAAAAUCAGCAUCACGAGACACAAAGUCGCAAUGACCUUUUUUUAUCUUUUAUUCAGUGGCGAAAACACAGUCAAAUUAAUGUAUUGUCAGAUUCGACCUCACAUACAUAAAAAUACACAUGAGUAGAAUCUAAACCCAGAUUCCUCACGAUUCGAUGAUCUUCUGUGGUUUAGCGCUCAGUGCCUUUAAAUCUGAAGGCCUCGACUGAAGCCUGAGCACAUGCACACACACACACACACUCUAUAACAUGACAGGAUUGGCUCUGAUCACCUAUAAAAGCAGCCUGUAGUGAGUGAGUGACUGAUGAGAUUGACUCAGAGUGAUCUGGAAUGGAAGAACUGAUCAAUACGGUCCAGUCAGAUGUUGUGGGUAGACUGGCAUUCAAAUACAUGGAGAUGUGUAAAGUAGACUCCAGUUCAGACUCUGAAUCAGAGUCAAACCCAAGAUGGUCUGAUGUCAGCAGCAGCAAGGGCCGUGAAAGCGGCAGCACUCCAGAAGCUCCUGAGAAAGACCUGCGCUUUAGUGGACAGAACUACCAACAGUGUCUGGAUCCUUACGACGGAAGCUCUGAAGACUCUGGUUCUUCUGCUAAAGGUUCAAAGAAGCAAAGGCACGGCGGGUUUCGGAUGAAAGGGACGGGCCGUAGAUUGGCCCUCAACCCUUCAUCUGCUCUCAGAGAAACGAGGAGAGAUGUGACUCGGACGGACGCUGCAGAUCUUCGUCGUGUCGACGUCCAGAUGCGGUCGUCCAGCGACUCCGAGCUGGAGACGCCAACCCAGGGCUUCUGGCCUCUCUGUAAGGCCUUAACGGGUGUAAAAGCGGAUCUCUCCGACUCCGGGUUCAACACCAGAUCCUCCCUGAACUCUCCCGCGGUGCCGUCCGGUACAGACGCGUGCCUCCACGCCGGCAGGAGGAUCCAGAGCGGAUCUCCAGACAGCCCUGCUUUCCACGCAGCGUUUUCAAAGAGGAAGUUCUUUCCCCCGUCGGGCGACGACGGCAUGCAGAGGAAGCGGCAGUGCAUCAGCGAUAUGGAGGUGGAAAGCGUGGCUUUAUGAGGUCAGGAUGAAACGACAGCACUGGCACUGGACAUCAGAUUCACUGCCAUGUGAAGGACUCACCGCUGCUUGUGAAGGUUUUUCCGUUAGUCGGUUGGAAAUAGAGACGCUAAUAGCAGAAGAAGAGGUCUGAAGGUCAGGUGUUGAAAUACAAAUGAAAAAAUAGAGUUUUUCACCAACUAAAGCUUCAAUACUGACGUCACAAAACUAUUUCAGCAAUAAAUAAAGACUAAUAAAACUAA